GCGGGCGCCGCUUGAGCCUCCGGAUCGCAGGCCAUGGCUUCGGGCAUCGGGUCGCCAUCGCCGUGCUCCGCCGGCAGCGACGAGGAGGAAAUGGAGAUUCUGAUGAACAACAGCCUCCACCAGCACCAGGGUACCCCGCAGGAACCUGAAGAAGAGCCAGAGGAAGAGCUGUUAUCCGAGGCAGAGAUCCCAAAAAUUAAGAAGAAGAAGAAGCCCAAGAAACUGAAGGAACCCAAAGUGCCCAAGCUCAGCAAGCGCCAGAAAAAAGAGCUGGGGGACAGUUCCGGCGAAGGGAACGAGUUUGUGGAGGAAGAGGAGGAGGUGCUGCUGCGCUCGGACAGCGAGGGGAGUGACUACACCCCCGGCAAGAAGAAGAAGAAGAAGCUGGGGCCGAAGAAGGAGAAGAAGAGCAAAGCCAAGCGCAAGGAGGAGGAGGAGGAAGAGGAGGAGGAGGACGAUUCCAAGGAACCCAAGUCUUCAGCUCAGCUUCUGGAGGACUGGGGCAUGGAGGACAUCGAUCACGUUUUCACGGAGGAGGACUAUCGCACUCUCACCAACUACAAAGCCUUCAGCCAGUUUGUCAGACCGCUUAUUGCUGCCAAGAAUCCCAAAAUCGCCGUCUCCAAGAUGAUGAUGGUGCUGGGGGCCAAGUGGCGCGAGUUCAGCACCAACAACCCCUUCAAAGGGAGCUCGGGGGCGUCGGUGGCGGCAGCGGCUGCAGCCGCAGUGGCCGUGGUGGAGAGCAUGGUGGCGAGCGUGGAUGCGGUCCUGCCCCAGCCCCCCGUCGAAGUGCCUCUCCGAAAGGCCAAGACCAAGGAGGGGAAAGGUCCCAAUGCCCGGAAGAAACCCAAACCCAGUCCUCGUGUUCCGGAAAUCAAAAAGCCCAAAACCAAGAAGGUGGCGCCCUUGAAAAUCAAGCUGGGAGGAUUUGGCUCCAAGCGUAAAAGAUCAUCUAGCGAGGAGGAUGACCUGGACGUGGAGUCCGACUUUGACGAUGCCAGCAUCAACAGCUACUCUGUGUCUGACGGGUCCACCAGUCGCAGCAGCCGCAGUCGCAAGAAAAUGAGAGCGGGGAAGAAGAAAAAGAAAGGAGAAGAGGAUUCCACCACGGCCGUCGAUGGAUAUGAAACCGACCACCAGGACUACUGCGAGGUGUGCCAACAGGGGGGAGAGAUCAUCCUGUGUGACACUUGCCCUCGUGCCUACCACAUGGUGUGUCUGGAUCCAGAUAUGGAGAAAGCGCCAGAGGGCAAGUGGAGCUGCCCGCACUGUGAGAAAGAGGGGAUCCAGUGGGAGGCGAAGGAGGACAAUUCCGAGGGCGAGGAGGCCAUGGAGGACGUCGUGGGGGAUGCGGAGGAGGAGGACGACCACCACAUGGAGUUUUGCCGCGUCUGCAAAGACGGGGGGGAGCUGCUCUGCUGCGAUGCCUGCCCUUCUUCCUACCACAUCCACUGCCUGAAUCCCCCCCUGCCAGAGAUUCCCAAUGGGGAGUGGCUUUGCCCACGCUGUACCUGCCCACCUAUGAAGGGCAAGGUUCAGAAGAUCUUGACUUGGAAGUGGGGGCAGCCCCCCCUACCCACGCCCGUGCCACGGCCGGCUGACGCAGAUCCAAAUGCUCCUUCUCCAAAGCCCCUGGAGGGAAGACCGGAGCGACAGUUCUUUGUCAAAUGGCAGGGCAUGUCCUAUUGGCAUUGUUCGUGGGUGUCUGAGCUACAGCUGGAGCUGCAUUGCCAGGUCAUGUUUCGCAAUUACCAACGCAAGAACGACAUGGACGAGCCCCCCGCAGGCGAUUUCGGGGGAGAGGAAGAGAAGAGCCGCAAGCGCAAGAACAAGGACCCAACCUUUGCCGAGAUGGAGGAGCGCUUUUACCGCUACGGGAUCAAGCCAGAGUGGAUGAUGAUCCAUCGGAUUCUCAACCACAGCGUGGAUAAGAAGGGGAAUGUUCACUACCUUAUCAAGUGGAGGGAUCUGCCCUAUGACCAGGCCUCUUGGGAAAACGAGGAGGCAGAAAUUCAGGAUUAUGACAUCUACAAGCAGGGAUAUUGGAACCACAGGGAGUUAAUGAGGGGUGAAGAAGGAAGACCUGGCAAGAAGGUGAAGAAGGUGAAGUUGCGGAAACUGGAGAGGCCCCCAGAAACGCCGACCGUAGAUCCGACAGUGAAGUACGACCGGCAGCCUGAUUACCUGGAUGUGACCGGCGGGACCUUGCACCCAUACCAGCUGGAGGGCCUGAACUGGCUGCGGUUCUCCUGGGCCCAGGGCACCGACACCAUCCUGGCAGACGAAAUGGGCCUUGGGAAGACAGUGCAGACGGCGGUGUUCCUGUACUCUCUGUACAAAGAAGGACACUCCAAAGGACCGUUCCUCGUCAGCGCCCCGUUGUCAACCAUCAUCAACUGGGAAAGAGAAUUUGAGAUGUGGGCCCCCGACAUGUACGUGGUGACUUACGUCGGGGACAAGGACAGCCGGGCCAUCAUCCGCGAGAACGAGUUUUCCUUCGAAGACAACGCUAUCCGCGGGGGGAAGAAGGCUUCCCGGAUGAAGAAAGAGGCAUCGGUGAAAUUCCACGUGCUGCUCACUUCCUACGAGUUGGUCACUAUUGAUAUGGCCAUUCUGGGCUCCAUUGACUGGGCCUGCCUCAUAGUGGAUGAAGCUCACAGACUCAAGAACAAUCAGUCCAAGUUUUUCCGGGUUCUGAAUGGCUACUCUCUUCAACACAAGCUGCUGCUCACGGGGACUCCUUUGCAGAACAACCUGGAGGAACUGUUCCACUUGCUCAACUUUCUGACGCCGGAAAGAUUUCACAACUUGGAGGGCUUUCUGGAGGAGUUUGCGGACAUCGCCAAGGAGGACCAGAUCAAGAAGCUGCACGACAUGUUGGGCCCGCAUAUGCUGAGGCGCCUGAAGGCUGACGUCUUCAAGAACAUGCCUUCCAAGACGGAGCUGAUUGUCAGGGUGGAACUGAGUCCUAUGCAGAAGAAGUACUAUAAAUACAUCCUGACAAGGAACUUUGAGGCGCUGAACGCCCGGGGGGGUGGUAACCAAGUGUCUCUUCUCAACGUGGUCAUGGACCUGAAGAAAUGCUGCAACCACCCCUAUCUCUUCCCUGUGGCUGCCAUGGAAGCACCAAAGAUGCCCAAUGGGAUGUACGAUGGGAGCGCACUGAUCCGGGCCUCUGGGAAGCUGCUCCUGCUUCAGAAGAUGUUGAAGAACCUCAAGGAGGGCGGCCACCGAGUGCUGAUCUUCUCCCAGAUGACUAAGAUGCUGGACCUGUUGGAGGACUUCCUGGAGCACGAGGGCUACAAAUACGAAAGAAUCGAUGGCGGGAUCACUGGAAAUAUGCGCCAGGAAGCCAUUGACCGUUUCAACGCUCCCGGAGCUCCACAGUUCUGUUUUCUGCUUUCCACCAGAGCGGGUGGCCUCGGCAUCAACCUCGCCACGGCAGACACCGUGAUAAUCUACGACUCUGACUGGAAUCCGCACAAUGACAUCCAGGCCUUCAGUCGCGCUCACCGAAUCGGGCAAAACAGGAAGGUGAUGAUCUACCGCUUUGUGACGCGCGCCUCUGUGGAGGAACGCAUCACGCAAGUGGCCAAGAAGAAAAUGAUGCUGACGCAUCUGGUCGUGAGGCCGGGGUUGGGUUCGAAGACCGGCUCGAUGUCCAAGCAAGAGCUGGACGACAUCCUCAAGUUUGGCACUGAGGAGCUUUUCAAAGACGAAGCCACCGACAGCGGCAAGAACCUGCGCAACGUGGCGCAAAGUGACAACAAGGAAGGCGAGGACGGAAGCGUCAUCCAUUAUGACGACAAGGCCAUCGAACGGCUGCUGGACCGGAACCAAGAUGAGACUGAGGAUGCCGAGCUGCAGGGCAUGAACGAGUACCUGAGCUCCUUCAAAGUGGCCCAGUAUGUUGUACGCGAAGAGGAGAUGGGCGAGGAAGAGGAGGUUGAGCGGGAGAUCAUCAAGCAAGAGGAGUCAGUGGAUCCAGACUAUUGGGAGAAGCUGCUCCGUCACCAUUACGAGCAGCAGCAGGAGGACCUAGCCAGGAACCUGGGGAAAGGCAAGCGCAUCCGCAAGCAGGUCAACUACAACGACGGUUCCCAGGAGGACAGAGACUGGCAGGACGACCAAUCGGACAACCAGUCGGAUUACUCCGUGGCCUCUGAGGAAGGAGACGAAGACUUCGACGAGAGGUCGGAAGCUGCUCGCCGUCCCAGCCGCAAAGGACUCAGGAAUGACAAAGACAAGCCGCUCCCCCCACUUCUCGCCCGUGUGGGAGGCAACAUUGAGGUCCUUGGCUUCAAUGCUCGCCAGCGGAAGGCCUUCCUGAACGCCAUCAUGCGCUACGGGAUGCCCCCUCAGGAUGCCUUCACCACCCAGUGGCUGGUGCGGGAUCUCCGAGGAAAGUCAGAAAAGGAGUUCAAGGCCUACGUCUCUCUCUUCAUGCGUCACUUAUGUGAGCCCGGGGCCGAUGGCGCAGAAACCUUUGCCGAUGGGGUCCCUCGCGAGGGUCUGUCCCGACAGCACGUCCUCACGCGGAUAGGGGUCAUGUCUCUCAUACGCAAGAAGGUGCAAGAGUUUGAACACGUGAACGGCCGCUGGAGCAUGCCAGAAUUGGCUGAGAUCGAGGAGAACAAGAAGCUCUUGCAGCCCAGUUCGCCUUCCCCCAAAACCCCUACUCCCUCUACUCCCGGAGACACACAACCGAACACCCCGGCCCCCGCACCCCCGCUUGAAGAGGGAGUGAAGGUGGAAGAGGUAGCCAGCGCCAAGGAGCAGGGGGAGCCAGCAGAGCCGGAGAAGGAAGCCAGUCCUCCUGCCACUGCGGCUGCUGCUCCUGCUCCAGUUAAAAAUGAAGUCCCGAUGGAGCAGGAACCCCCUCCCACAGAGACCCACGUGCAGGAGAUUAAAUCCCCCGCGAAUGCCGUAGAAACAGAAGAUAACAAGCCUGACGAACCAGAGGUGAAGGAGGAGCCGAUGGAAACAGAGAUUAACGCUGAUGUAGAGAAAGUGGAAGAGAAGACCCCUGCAGAGCCCCCCAGUGAGCCCCCAACCAUUAACCUAGACGAGAAAGAAGAGAAGAAGGAGGACGAGAAGAAGGACGUGGUGAUGCUGCAGAACGGGGAGACGCCGAAAGACCCCCCUGAGGACCGGCACAAGAAAGCCCUGAAGCAGCGGUUCAUGUUCAACAUCGCAGACGGAGGCUUCACAGAGUUGCACUCCUUGUGGCAAAACGAAGAGCGGGCCGCGACCGUUACCAAGAAGACCUACGAGAUCUGGCACCGGCGCCAUGACUACUGGCUCCUGGCAGGAAUCAUAAACCACGGUUACGCUCGCUGGCAAGACAUCCAGAACGACCCUCGUUACGCCAUUCUCAACGAGCCCUUCAAGGGUGAAAUGAACAGGGGUAACUUCCUGGAGAUCAAGAACAAAUUCUUGGCCAGGAGAUUUAAGCUGCUGGAGCAGGCGCUGGUGAUUGAGGAGCAGCUCCGGCGGGCCGCCUACCUGAACAUGUCAGAGGACCCAUCCCACCCCUCCAUGGCCCUGAACACCCGCUUCGCCGAGGUCGAGUGCCUGGCCGAGAGCCACCAGCACCUGUCCAAGGAGUCCAUGGCUGGGAACAAGCCGGCCAAUGCGGUGCUUCACAAAGUGCUGAAGCAGCUGGAGGAGUUGUUGAGCGACAUGAAAGCUGAUGUGACACGGCUGCCGGCCACGAUCGCCCGCAUCCCCCCCGUGGCUGUGCGCCUCCAGAUGUCAGAGCGCAACAUCCUCAGCCGCCUGGCCAACCGUAGCAGCGAGCCUCCUCCUCCUCCGCCUCCCCAGCAGGUGGCUCAGCAGCAAUGAAAUCGGCGCACCGUGCUGCCUACCCCGCGAUUCAGCUCAAGUGACAGACGCCGCGCCCUUGUUUUGAAUCCAGCCCCCCUCCCUUCCCCUC